CGCGGUUGACCAACCAUGUCAUCACCAAAGCUGUUGAAGCCAGAGGAUAUCGCCACAGCUGUGAGAUGGACUCCCCAAGUGUCCUUCGCUCCUUUAUCUCAGCCGCGGUGGUUGGGUCUUGCUGAGGCUUCAUUUGACGAUCCAAGCGGACAGUCACGGAAAUGGGAGGUUUGCGAGCGAAUACAUAAAGGUCCCAUUACGGGCAAGGCGAAAGAUGUGGAUGCUGUUGAUGUGGUUGCCACAAUACGUGCCAGUGCCUCCCAGCAGACGAAUGGUUUUCCGACCGAGGAUACCAUUCUCUUGGUAUUGCAAUUCAGACCUCCUACCGGCGGCUGGACGUUGGAGUUUCCGUCAGGCCUGUUAGAUAACGGCGAAACGCCGGAAACGGCCGCGCUCCGAGAACUUCAAGAGGAAACUGGAUACACGGGUACUGUAGUGGCUGUUGGUCCGUCUAUUACCUAUGAGCCGGGGAUCACCAGUAGUUGCUCAAAAAUGGUAACCGUUGAGGUCAACCCGGAAGACCCACUUAACGCAAAGCCUGUUAUACGUCGCGAUGCAGACGAAUGGAGUUUGAACCCAGUCGCACUGCCCGUUAACAAACUUCUUCAGACACUACAUAAAUUGCAAGAGAGCUGCCCUAAUCUUCGUAUCGACUCGCGGCUGUACUGUUUUGCAGCUGGAUUGCAUUUUGCUGGGAGGACUCGAUAGCUGCCAAUGUGGUCUCCAGAACAGCAUGUCCGCUAUUCUUAUAGUCUGAUAAGAUCGGCGGAAGAAGUGUUUCCGGAAGUUUCUGCUUGAUCGUUUGAAUAGAGCUGCAUUGGAAGACCGCCAUGCGCGGUCAGCGGAUAUAGAUCACAGAAAGGCUGGAAGAUAGCGCCGAAAGUGGUUGGCCAAGCAUACAUCGCUAUAUAAAGUCGAAAAUAACAAUGUUAUAUGUGCAUUCCUGUCUUGAAAAGAUAACCG